AUGUUGAAACUAUUCAAAGGGGUACGACGCUUGAAGAUACAAAAUCGGCGAUACACCAACGCGACCGUCAUUGGCAGCGAGGCGAAUAGAAAUGACCCCUACUACCAGGAGAAUAAGGCGAGAAUGGACGAGCUGGUGCAAGAGCUGCGCCAGAAAACGGACGCCGCCGUCAAAGGCGGACCCGACGAGGCGAUAAAAAGGCACACGGCGAGAGGAAAAUUGCUCGUGAGGGACAGGAUUAACCGGUUGGUGGACGAGGGGAGUGAUGUUUUAGAACUGAGCACGCUAGCAGCCGACGACAUGUAUAAAGGUCAGGUGCCGAGCGCCGGAAUCGUCACCGCGAUCGGCAAGGUUCACGGUCGCGACUGCAUAAUCGUCGCGAACGACGCCACCGUUAAGGCCGGAACUUACUUUCCUAUCACAAUUAAGAAGCAUUUACGUGCGCAAGCGAUAGCUCAAGAAUGCCGUCUUCCGUGUAUUUAUCUCGUCGACUCGGGCGGAGCGCAUUUGCCGGACCAAGCCGAAGUGUUCCCAGAUAGAGAACAUUUUGGUAGGAUAUUCUACAACCAAGCUAACAUGUCCGCUGAAGGUAUACCCCAGAUAUCCGUCGUGAUGGGCUCGUGCACUGCAGGUGGUGCUUAUAUACCCAGUAUGUCGGAUGAAAGCAUAAUAAUAAAAGAGCAAGGAUGCAUCUUUUUAGCUGGACCUCCAUUAGUAAAGGCGGCCACGGGAGAGACUGUCUCCACUGAAGAUUUAGGAGGUGCCGACUUGCAUUGCCGACAAUCUGGAGUGACAGAUCAUUACGCGUUAGACGACGAGCACUCGUUACAUCUAGCCAGGAACGUAGUGGCCAAUUUAAACUGGAACAGCGAUCAAAAGGCGAGGAUAAACCCUUCAAAUGUCGACGAACCCGUUCACGAUAUCGACGAUCUGCACGGCAUUGUGGGAGCGAACAUACAACGACCUUUCGACAUCCGAGAAGUUAUCGCCCGCGUCGUCGACGGCAGCAGGUUCCACGAAUUCAAGCAGCUCUACGGCGAGACGUUGGUAUGCGGGUUCGCAUCUAUUUACGGCCAUCCCGUCGGCGUGAUAGGAAAUAAUGGUGUACUACAAUCGGAAGCGGCGUUGAAGGGUUCACAUUUCAUUCAGCUGUGCGCGGCGCGUAAGGUCCCGUUGCUGUUCCUGCAGAACAUAACCGGUUUCAUGGUGGGAAGGGAAGCCGAGGCGGGUGGUAUAGCUAAGAACGGUGCGAAAAUGGUGACCGCCGUCAGUUGUUUUAAGGGGCCCAAAAUUACCGUUCUCGUCGGCGGCAGCUUUGGAGCGGGCAACUAUGGGAUGUGUGGGCGCGCUUAUUCUCCUAGUUUCUUGUACAUGUGGCCGAAUGCUAGAAUUUCAGUGAUGGGUGGUCCGCAGGCGGCCACUGUUCUAUCACUAGUGUCUAAAGAGAAAGCCGAGAGAGCGGGUAAAGUAUGGACCGAAGAGGAUGACAGAAAAGUGAGGGCGCCGUUGGAAGCUCAAUUCGAAAGAGAAGGCAGACCUUAUUACAGUACAGCCAGGUUGUGGGACGACGGAAUCCUAGCGCCAAGAGAUACGAGGAAAGUCAUAGGACUAAGUUUAUCAGCGGCUCUGAAUGCCCCAUACAGGGACAGUAAAUUUGGUGUGUUCAGAAUGUGA